UUGUGUUUUGCAGUGAGGACCAUCUCGAUAAAUCUCACACAGCGGCACAAAAUCAUGUUUUAACACAUUUGCUACUAUGAAUAAACCCAGUAGGUGGAGUCCAGUGAAAGGUCUGUGUGAAGUUCAUGUUCUGCAUUCAGACAGCUUCAUUUCUUUGGUUUGAAACAGUUUAUCUCCAAAGACUAUUUUUGUGACACCUGUUCAUCAGCUAUAGGGAGCCAAGUUGAAAUAUAUAGGCUAAAAAUAAAAGUAACACACUAAUUACACAAUCGACUUCUCAAUUCAGAUAGUUUGCCAUGAAGCAGAGGCCGUGACACAGUAAGCGUGCCACAGAGUGUGAGUGAAUGACUCGUGUUCAUCAGCAGAAUACUUACCGCUCCUCGCCGGACUCCAGUUACGCGCUGCGUUUUUAGACCCGUCAAGUGUUGCGACAGCCGACACAGCAGCAGCAGCAGCGCCGCGAUUCACAUGUGCUGACCCACACGUUUAAACGCGUUCUUCUGGAUAGUUUGUGUCUUCUGAUUAUUCACAUUUACCUCAAGACGGUUAUAAGAAGUUCUGCCUGGAGCCGAAGGGAUAUUCAACAUGCUGGGGAGGAAGAAGAAACCAGACACAACUCAGACUGAACCCAAAGCGUUCGAGACGAAAACCCACGAUCCGCUUCGGAGGCUUGGUGUGCUGGACGAUGAAGAUGUGCUGCUGAUGCUGCAGGGGUCGAAGAUGAUGAAGGUUCGAUCUCAGCGUUGGCGGAAGGAUAGGAGCCUGAAGCUUCUGGAGGACUGUGUGACGGUGUGGUGUGAGUCCAGCAAAACCUCCCGCAAAGGCAAAAGGCAGCAGACCUUCUGUGUGACGGAGGUGGAGUGUGUGCGGGAGGGGUGUCAGUCGGAGUGUCUGCGACGAAUGGCAGGUCUGGUUCCAGAGACCCACUGCUUCACUGUGGUCUUCCGCGGAGGAAGGAAAAGCCUGGAUCUGUGUUGCUCCACACAGGAUGAAGCGGAGCGCUGGGUUCGAGGCCUCCGCACGCUCAAAGACCGCAUCUCCAACAUGAGCCAGAAAGAAAAGCUGGACCAUUGGAUUCGAGGCUAUCUGAGACGUGCGGAUCAGAACCAGGAUGGGAAGAUGAGCUACGACGAGGUGAAACAUCUGCUACAGCUGAUCAACAUUGACCUGAACGAACAGUAUGCACACACACUAUUCAAGAAGUGUGAUCGCUCGUGUGAUGGCCGGCUGGAUCACGUGGAGAUAGAGGAGUUCUGUCGUGAGCUGAUGCGCAGGCCGGAGCUGGACGCGGUGUUCAGGCAUUAUUCUGGUAAUGGGUGUGUGCUGACCACCUUGGAGCUGAGGGAUUUUCUCGGGGACCAGGGCGAAGACGCAUCACUGGCCCAUGCAAAGACUCUCAUCCACACCUAUGAGCUCAACAACUGGGCCCGGAAGAAUCUGUUCAUGACCCAGAACGGUUUCACCAUGUACAUGCUCUCGAAUGAGAAUGAUGUGUUUAACCCAGAUCACGCUCACGUGUAUCAGGACAUGAGGCGACCGCUGGCACACUACUACAUCUCUUCUUCUCAUAAUACGUACCUCACCAAAGACCAGGUGACCAGUGCCAGCAGCACCGAGCCCUAUAUCAGAGCUCUGCAUCAGGGCUGUCGCUGUGUUGAACUGGACUGCUGGGAUGGUGAUAAAGGAGAGCCCAUGAUCUUCCACGGACACACGCUCACCUCCAAAGUGCUCUUUAAAGAAGUCAUUGAGACCAUCGCUCAGUACGCCUUCAAGACAUCUCCGUAUCCUCUGAUCUUGUCCCUGGAAAAUCACUGCUCAGUGGAGCAGCAGGCGGUCAUGGCGCAGCACCUUCGCUCUAUUCUGGGAAAGAAGCUCCUGAGAAAGCCACUCAAUGACCUGCCCCUCAAAGACCUACCCUCACCUGAGGAGUUGAUGGGGCGGAUCUUGCUGAAGGGGAAGAAGUUAGGUGGUCUGCUGGGGAAGAUUGACAGCUGGGCUAGCUUCUCAUAUAGCUCAGAUGAAGAGUCUACUGCUGGAGGGAGCGGGAACAAAAAGGAAUCUAAAAGGGAUCUUGGGAGAUCUGUGAGCACUAAACUGAGUCCAGAGCUGUCAGAUCUGGUGGUGUACUGUCAGAGUGUGCCCUUCAGUGGUUUUGAGACAGCCAGCCAGAGACCUCCUAGCAUGAUGUCCUCUUUCUCUGAGAAUGAGGCGCUCAAACUCAUCAAAGACACAGGGAAGCUGUUUGUUCGACACAACAGUCGGCAGCUGAGCAGGGUUUACCCAUCAGGCCAGAGGUUACAGUCCUCCAACUACGACCCCCAGGACAUGUGGAACGGAGGCUGCCAGAUGGUGGCUCUGAACUUCCAGACACCAGGAGAGCAGAUGGACCUGAACCAGGGCCGCUUUCUGCCCAACGGCCGCUGCGGAUAUGUGCUCAAACCUGACUUCCUGUGUCACCCAAAGUCCAACUUUGACCCUGAGAACACGGGUGGAGGACCAGGACAUAUACCCACACAGCUCACCAUACGGGUGAUCUCGGCCCAGCAACUUCCUAAAAUAAACACAGACAAUCCCAAUUCCAUUGUGGACCCACAGGUCUGGGUGGAGAUCCAUGGAGUUUCCAUCGAUAAGGCUCGUGCAAAAACCCAGCGCAUUGACAACAAUGGUUUCAACCCUCGUUGGGACUGUACUGUGAGCUUUCAGCUGCAGGUGCCUGAACUGGCCUUGGUGCGUUUUAUGGUGGAAGAUCACGACUACAAAUCCAAAAAUGAUUUCAUUGGCCAGUUCACACUCCCAUUCACCAGCCUACGAACAGGUUAUCGUCAUGUUCACCUGCUAAAAGCAGACGGCUCCAAUCUGUCUCCUGCCACCCUCUUCAUCCAUGUCAAGGUGGUUCGGCGAGGAGUUCCUAUUAAAACCGUUUCUGAGCGGAUAGGCAAGGCCUGAGGCUUCUGUCAUGGUUCCUGGAAAUGUUUAUUUCUGGAAGUACCUUACUGAAGGAAAAGCCCCUGAACCGGGCUCUCGAGGUGCUGGGACUCUUCAGAAUGAGACCACCUGAAAAAGCAUGAGACAUUGGACGUACAAGCACAACAAUCUGCAGAAAGUCAGUGUAGACGUGUGAUUCAAAGUGCAUUUUGCUUUUUUAUUGUUCAUUUGUGGUGCUGUCUGCAGAGCAGAACGUCUAACCGUGUCAUAGAAGCGUUAUCGUGGAAGCUAAAUAUGUUAUGAAGUCAGUAUUGUUCGAAGUUACAAGUCAGUGUUGUUUAUAGAGUCUGUUUCCAUCGAGACCGAUUUCUAUUGAGUCUGUGAGCCUUGAAAUCUGAAAAUGUAACACAUUUUAUGAAAAUGUCAUAUUUUAAUUGAACUUAAACAGUCUUUACAUGCUGGACAAGAAUUAUAUGUACAUGUAGACAGAAAUUAGCUGUCUUUUAAUGGUUUUUAUAGUUUUAAUAUUUCAGUUUUGUUGGUGGUUUUGAUAUGCUGAAUACUGACAGCAAGGUGAAGAAAGUGUAAAAAAAAACUUUUUUUGAAAGAAUACUGAAAGCAUAGCAAGUAUAUGGACGGUUUAAUAAGAGUAAUGACUAUUUUUAUGCAAGUGUGUGUUUUAAGUGAUUCAGACACCAACAGCGAUUCAGCAGUGUAUAGGUAAUAUGUAAUCAGUAAUUAAGUAAUCAGAGUAGUAAGAUACUUCUAAAAAAUAAUAAUAAUAUAUAUUAAUACAAUUAAUGUAAUAAAAAUAAUAAAUAUUAAAUAUUUUAAACAGCUACCACUAAUGAUGAAAUCUAUGUUUAACAAUGUAUGAAACAGAAGAUUUAAUCAUCAAAGCUAAAAGCAAGCAAUGAAAAUGUUCAGUGUUGUAGGAGGUUCAAAUUUGGUCAAAUUACACAACUUCACCAGUGCUGCUUUAAUGAAGACGCAGACAACAAUAGCACUUGCCACUAGAUACUCCGUCUCAUAUCCAAGUUUGUUGAAUCAUGAAAACUCAUGGUUAUUGAUAACUCAUAAAGGUCUGUGUUUUGUACUAGGCUAUGAUAAUUAAUUUGGUAUAAUAUUAUGUAGCAAUAUAAUGUCAGCUGCUUUUGUAAAGACGUGUUUUAAAUGUAGAUUUUUUUUAUGUUUCACAGUAGAAAACAGAACAUGUCUUGAUUUUAAUGCCUUGCUUGUUUAUUCAGUACUGUUAGUGUAUAUGUGCAUAAUUCAUUCUUUUUAUAAGCUGUAUUGAAAUCGAUAAUCAGUAAUUAAUUAAUAUUAACUAGUAUUUAUUUUUGCAUUAUCAAGAUCAGAUAUCAGUUGCAAAUCUUCACAUAUUUAAGCACAUUUACUAAUUAGGUUUUUUGCUUGUCUGACCUAUGAAAACAUUUGAAAACAUGAAGAUAUGUGAAUCAAUGUCUCCAUUGUGCAGUUGUGCUCAUUAAUUGUUUUUACUGAUAUGUGGAAAGAUGUAGUGCCUUUGAAAGCAUGCCUACAUUUUAUAAACUUAAAAAACGAAUUGUACUUAA